AUGGUACGAGCGACCCCGCCCCAGCGGCACACACGCACUGCAGGGUUGGAGCUGACGGGCAUACAGGAUCUCCGUGUCGGCAACAAGUAUAGAAUCGGUCGCAAGAUUGGCAGCGGCUCUUUCGGUGAUAUCUACUUGGGCACCAACAUAAUCUCGGGCGAGGAGAUUGCCAUUAAGCUCGAGAGCGUCAAGGCUAAGCACCCGCAACUGGAAUAUGAAGCCCGUGUCUACAAGUCCCUCGCCGGUGGUGUCGGUAUCCCCUUCGUCCGCUGGUUCGGCACCGAGUGCGACUACAACGCCAUGGUUUUGGACCUUCUCGGCCCCAGUUUGGAGGACCUCUUCAACUUCUGCAACCGCAAGUUCUCGCUUAAGACCGUUCUGCUCCUUGCCGACCAGCUUAUCUCCCGCAUUGAGUACAUUCACGCCAAGUCCUUCAUCCACCGUGAUAUUAAGCCGGACAACUUCCUGAUGGGCAUCGGCAAGCGCGGCAACCAGGUCAACGUGAUCGAUUUUGGUCUAGCCAAGAAGUACCGUGACCCGAAGACUCACUUCCACAUUCCAUACCGUGAGAACAAGAACUUGACCGGUACCGCUCGUUAUGCCUCCAUCAACACCCACUUGGGUGUCGAGCAAUCUCGUCGUGAUGAUAUGGAGUCCCUUGGAUAUGUCAUGCUCUAUUUCUGCCGUGGAUCCCUCCCCUGGCAAGGACUCAAGGCCGCUACCAAGAAGCAGAAGUACGACCGUAUUAUGGAGAAGAAGAUGACGACUCCUACCGAGGUCCUGUGCCGUGGCUUCCCUAACGAGUUCGCCAUCUACCUGAACUACACCCGUUCCCUGCGCUUCGACGAUAAGCCGGACUACUCAUACCUUCGCAAGAUUUUCCGUGACCUCUUUGUCCGCGAGGGUUUCCAGUACGACUAUGUUUUCGACUGGACCGUCUACAAGUACCAGAAGAACGCUCAGGCCAUCGCUCAGGCCGCUGGUAACCAGGGUCAGGGCGAGGAAGAUGACAAGGCUCGCGGUCGCCACGUCACCACCACUGCCGCUGCCAACGCUGGCACUGGAACUGGCACUGCUACCAAGGGAGGCCGUCCAGUCAAUGCGCGCCAGGAGGGCACCGGAAUGAGGCAACUUUUCCUGCGGCGUGCGCAUCUCGACGCCUUACAACACCCAUUUGCGAAGAUGGUCCCGGGGAGGAGUUUGCAUUCCAUCUGUAACUCAUGCAGACUUAAUUCAUUGUUGACGCAAGCGCGCAAUGCGAGAUCACGGACACCAUUACCACGAUCGAACAGAUUCCCCCAAACGAGCGCAUUCGUCGCACAGCAUGCUUCUCAACGAAGAGCGUUCUCUACAACAUGGCGACUGAAUCAGCAAACAGAAGAACAUACGGUGAGCUCUUCUGCGAACGUGAACGAUUUGCCACCGACGCCGGAGGACCGCCUGAGCAUCGAGGUUAAUGUGCGGAAGGCGCGACAAUCAUUCGGGGAUGCGCUGCCGAAGGGGCAUCUGAGUGACGAGGAACUAAAAGUGUAUGAAAGACUCUACGGAAUCCCGAUAUUUGUAGAGACUGCGGAGGAGCUGCAGGAUCUGGAGGUUGUAGAGGAGGAGGUUUUCGAGGAGCAACUUGACGACGGGUCAACAGUGCUGUUGAGGAAGGGUGAAGAUGGCGAACUGGAAGAGGUGGAGGUAUUCGAAGAGGUUGAGGAAGAACUGGUAGAUGAAGAGGAGGGGGAAAGCAUGACAGAGGAGGAAUGGGAGGCGCUGCGUGAAAAGAAGGCGCAGAACUACCACGACAACGUGUACGAGGAGUCGAGGAGAGGGAUGGAAGAGGACCAAGAGGAGGACGUUGAGGAGGACGACGAAUUCAUGCGCGCUCAUCCUUUGACCAUUGCUGGCAGAUUCAAGCCCUCGCCCUCGACCGUGUUUCUACCCAAGGAAACCCUCGUAGAUCCUAUCGCACAGCUGCUCACCCGAGCGAACCACAAACACCUUGCCGAAUCAUCAAAUCGUAUACUGGGAGGUCCUGGUCUGCCGUUCUCCGCUUCCACCCCUGCGGCUCGUCUGGGCAAAGAGCAGAAGCCGAUACCGCUCGAUCCUUCAGACGCGACCAUGGGGAAUAUCGAAGCGGAUGUAUAUAUGGCCUCCGUCCAGCCUGGCACAUAUGCGAGCGUCAUGAGUUCUCUGGUCGAAGUACGACGAAGAUUGGGCUCCUCGUGGAUUGAGAACCUCAUUACGAACAAAAAAGGUGGCAUGGUGCUCGACGCAGGAUCCGGUGGCGUUGGUGUACUCGCGUGGCAUGAAGUAUUGAAGGCUGACUGGGAGCGCAUGCAAGAAGAGUCUGGCAGUACGGAACGAACGAACGCACCGCUGGGGAAAGCUACCGUGUUGACAGCGCCGGAUACGCUGCGACAUCGUGCUAGCCGCUUGUUGGAAAACACCACUUUCAUCCCUCGUUUACCUGAUUCUGUUACAGAGGAGGAAGAAGUCAACGCACAACAACCGCGGAAGGUGUAUGACUUGAUCAUUGCCCCGCACACGCUCUGGGGCUUGAAGCAGGAGUAUCUACGAAAGGAGCAGGUUCAGAAGUACUGGUCCCUCCUCAAUCCCAAGGGCGGCGUCCUAGUUCUUAUUGAAAAGGGCUUACCUCGUGGUUUUGAAGUCGUAGCUGCAGCCCGCGAGCUUUUACUCGACAGGCAUAUUGCCUCGCCAGAUUCUAAACAAAUCGAGAUGCCUCUUGAGGAACAGGUGUCGAACCCCGACGAGGAAACUCAAUUUGCAGAGAAGGAGACGGGCAUGAUCAUCGCGCCCUGCACUAACCACGGCACAUGCCCAAUGUACCAAUCUCCAGGCAUCAGUCACGGCCGAAAAGACUUCUGCUUCUUCAGCCAGCGGUAUAUUCGACCGCCGUACCUACAACGCAUACUCAACGCUACAGACCGCAACCACGAAGAUAUCCAAUACAGUUACCUCGCUGUGCAGCGUGGCCGCGACCAGCGCCUAGCUCAACACGACACACUCGGCAAGGGCUUCGUGCAAGGCGAGACGGCCACAGACGCCGCCUUCUCAGGCCACGAGUACAAGCCGGAUCCCGAAGCCGAGGAAGGCCAGGAACUUGACCACUACACCGCAGAAGACGUAAACCCCCUGACCCUGCCUCGCCUCAUCCUCCCCGCCCUCAAACGCCGCGGCCACAUCAUCCUCGACGUAUGCACUCCCGCUGCCACCCUUGAGCGCUGGACCGUCCCGCGCUCCUUCUCCCGCCAGGCCUUCCGCGACGCGAGAAAAGCGCGGUGGGGUGACCUGUGGGCGCUCGGUGCGAAGACGCGAAUCCCACGCAACGUGCGACUCGGCAGACCGCGCGAUGAGUUCGACCGUAAGGGAAGGCGCAUCAGGGCGCCUAAGAAGGUCACGAUUCAGUUGGAUGUUGGGUCGAAGGGCGAUGAGGCGGUGGAUAAGGGCGCUAGAGUGCUGUCGAAGGGCAGGGGCGAUAGGGACGGCCGGUACAGCGCGGACAGGAAGAUCAGGGGAAGCGGGGGGCGGAAGGGGAGGAAGAAGAAUGUGGAGAGUGGGAGUGAGGAUUUGCUGGAUUGA